CACCAAACCUCCCACCAACCCCAUAAAGCCAUCUUCCCACCAAAUUAAAUCCCAGAUCUUCCACUCAAUUCAACAUCACAAUGGCGUCUUCAAUCGCCUCCAAGCUGUUCCUCGGCGCUCCAACCACCAACGGUUCCACCUCCCGUAUCGGUUCUCCGGCCUCUGAUAUCCGGAAGCUUCCCUCCUCCACUCUUCAGCUCCCUGUCCGACCACGAUCAAAGAAACUCCAAAUACAAGCGGCUGGGAACACAUUUGGAACUUAUUUCCGUGUUACAACAUCUGGAGAAUCUCAUGGAGGUGAUGUUGGUUGUACAAUUGAUGGGUGCCCUCCAAGGCUUCCCCUUUCUGAAUCUGAUUUACAAACUGAUCUUGACCGAAGGAGGCCUGGCCAAAGCAGAAUUACUACCCCCAGAAAAGAGACUGAUACAUGCCAAAUAACUUCAGGAAUUUAUGAAGGGUUGACUACUGGAACGCCAAUUAAAGUAACUGUACCAAAUACUGAUCAGAGAGGACAUGAUUACAAGGAGAUGUCAAUAGCUUAUAGACCUUCUCAUGCAGAUGCAACUUAUGACAUGAAAUAUGGUAUUAGAGCAGUGCAGGGUGGUGGUAGAUCUUCAGCAAGAGAAACCAUUGGAAGAGUUGCAGCUGGAGCUGUUGCUAAGAAAAUUCUCAAGCAAUAUGCGGGGACUGAGGUCAUUGCAUAUGUUUCGCAAGUUCACAAUGUCGAACUUCCAGAGGGUGUUGUUGACCACGAGACUCUGACCCUUGAGGAGAUAGAGAGUAACAUCGUUAGGUGUCCUGAUCCUGAAUAUGCUGAGAAGAUGAUUGCUGCUAUUGAUGUUAUACGAGUGAGAGGGGAUUCUAUUGGAGGUGUUGUCACAUGUAUAGUGAGGAAUGCUCCUCCUGGUCUUGGUUCACCAGUCUUCGAUAAACUUGAAGCUGAGCUUGCCAAAGCUGUAAUGUCAUUACCUGCAACAAAAGGCUUUGAAUUUGGCAGUGGAUUUAAAGGUACUUUUUUGACUGGCAGUGAACAUAAUGACGAGUUCUAUGUAGAUGAACUUGGAAGAAUCAGGACAAGAACAAACCGCUCUGGUGGCAUACAGGGGGGGAUUUCCAAUGGGGAAAUUAUAAACAUGAGAGUAGCUUUCAAGCCAACAGCGACCAUUGGAAGGAAGCAAAAUACCGUCACCAGAGAAAAAAAAGAGAUAGAAUUAAUUGCUCGUGGUCGCCAUGAUCCCUGUGUUGUCCCACGGGCCGUACCAAUGGUAGAAGCCAUGGUAGCCCUGGUGCUUGUUGACCAAUUAAUGGCACACCAUGCACAAUGUAAUCUGUUCCCAGUCAACCCUGACUUGCAAGAACCUGUGAAGGUGCCAAGGCAUUCUCCAGCAGAGAUUCAGAGUUGAAUGAUAGUGAAGUGGAUGUGAUAACUUCACCAUUUGUCUGUCCACUCAAAUUUUACUGGCUGUAAGUCAUGUAUGUGUUAUUUUACCUGAGAGGCAUCUAGUUUUUGGUGCAGCCAAGAAGUCUAAAAGUUUAGCAGCCUUCUGUUUCACUUAUGUGCGUUUUCCUUUUAAUUUCCAAGUACCGUAUGUUUGGCUAUUGCCUCGUCAGAUUCAAUUGAACAUCAAUAAAUCAGUGGAAGAAUAAUGAAUGACUUUUGACGAUCUCUCUUU